AUGUUUUCUAGAAUAAAAGGUGCUAUUGACCGCAGCAUCGCUGAAGAGCAAGCUCGUCAGAAAGCACUCACCGAGCAAAGAUCUAAUACCAGUUCCCCUUCCGCCCCUGGUCAACGCCCACGAUCGGUUUCGAGAACAAAUAGCACCAACUCUUCUGCUAGAAGGAAGAUCAAGAAGCCGAGCCAAGAUAAUUCAAAUGGUGACAGCGCUGCGAACACCGACCCCGCUGUUUUUGAGGCCGCCUUCGUACUUGACGACGAUGAUAUCGAAAAUGGCCCUACCCAGCCGGAGGUGCCAGAGAAGACGAUAGGGGGGACUCCAUCGGGUAAUGAAAAGGAUGAAAGCGCAACCGAACGAAAUGGCGAGACAAAAGACCAUAUUGGCAAUGGAGAAGAUGAUAAUCCCAAAGCAAGCCUGCCUACUGCACCGGCAGAACUCCCACCACACGUAAGGAGCAAGCUUAGGAAACUCGAGAAGUUAGAAGCUACAUAUCCAGAACUGUUACGGUCGUAUAGAAUCGCACAUGGACGGGCCACGUCUAUCGAACCGUUUGAACGGGCCCUACGCGAGAAUACGCCCUUGACUACCAUCAAAGACCCAGCAGCCCUCGUCGAGUACCUUAACCAGUUAAACCUGAAGGGUGAUAUGGUUAUGGAGGAGUUCAAGCGCGUUUCGGCCGAGAAGGAUAGCUUUAAAAAGAAGUUUGAAGAAGCCGACAAGGAAUUGGGCACCCUUAGAGACGAACUUGUCACUCUCAAAGCCGCCAAGGCCGAAGAGGCACCAAUACGGACAGAUAACCAGGCAGGAAGUACGCCAGAAGACAAAAGGGUUGCCGAGGAUACGAAACAAGCUACGUCGCCUUCUGCGAGCAAAUCGCCUGUAUCAUCUAUCUUAGGUGUCUUUUCCCCAAGGCAAAAACCUGUAGCUAUCGAGGAAUCUAAGGAUUUGAGCGAGGAUAUGUUUUCCUACGACGAGGAAAUCCCUCAACUUCAAGCCGAGGUCGCGUCGAAGUCUGAGGAGAUCGCUAAGCUUACGUCUGAGAUCAGUAAUCUAAAAGAAGAGCUAACAGUAGCUAAAGAGAAUAGUGCUGGCUUGGUAGAAAGUCUCGAAAAGGCUACGCGGGAAUUAAGUGAUACUCGGGACGAUGUUGCUACUCGGGAAUCUAUGCAGACACAACUGGACGCAAGGAAUGCAGAGAUUAGCGCACUAACCGAAAAGCUCGAGCAGACUCGAUCGGCGUUGCGAAGCUUAGAAGUCAAUCUCGAGGACGAAAAGUCGAAGGCAGCAUCUACGAUAAAGGAGAAGGAUACGAUUCUUCAGGCUUCUAAUACUAAGAAUACAGAGUCUGAUGAGGGGCUCAAAAAGUUAAAUGAAGCAAAAUCCCAGUUAGAGAUGAAAAUCCGAGAUCUAACUGGCGAAAUUGACUCGCUGAAGAAGGCAAAAGCUGAAAGUGAUGAGAAGAUUGGGCAGCUAAACAAACAAAUCCAAUCUGCCGUCCAACCUCGUUCGCCUACACCAAACUCACUAGGAGUUGCUGCGCCUACGGCUGGCGGUUCAAAGAAGAAAAAUAAGAAGAAGAAGAAAGGCGGUGCUUCCACCGACACCCCGGAAGUUGCUGCAAACGAAACAUCAGAUCCUGUUCAGCCAUCCGUCCUCGAGAGUCCAGGGACAGAGGCUCUCGAAAUUGAAGUUUCGAAGUUGAGAGAUGAGAUCUCCCAAAAGAAUACCCAAAUCGAGCGUUUAUCGAAACAGAGGAAAACCGAGGAAGACCUCAAGGAGGAGAUUGAAAACAUGCAGGAAAGCCUGCUUAACAUAGGACACGACCAUGUUGAAGCUAAGGAGAGAAUCAAGAGCCUGGAGUCUGAAAAAAUAGAGCUGACGUCUCGAAUCUCCGAGCUGGAGAAAGAGAUUGCUGCGUUUACGUCUGACACUAAAGCGAGCUCCAAGUUACAGGCGGAAUUUGAUUCUAUGAAAGCCGAAUUUGACGAGUUGAGGAUCAAAUCCCAAACUCUGCAGUCAGAUUUAGGUGCUGCUCAGCAACUAGCUCAAAGUCGCUACAAAGACCUCACGGACUUACGCGAAGUCCUAACUAAGGCCCAACCUGAGCUUAGAAGUUUACGCCAAGAAUCUGCAGCGCUGAAAAUAACCAAGGAAGAGUUAGCUUCUAAGCAGGGCGAGCUCCGUACUCUCGAAAAACGUGAGAAGGAUCUUAAAAGUGAGGUUGCAAGAGCUCAGCGCCUAGCAUCCGACCGUGAAACUGAAAUCAAGCUGCUCAACGACAAAUUGGCCGCUGAAAAGUCGUCCCGGGCUAAGCUUGAAGAUGAGAAACGUGUCGCUGGUAGAGACUAUCGCCGUGCAGAGGCCGAGAAGAUAGAAUUAUCCGCAAAAGCCGAAAAGGCUGGUCGUGAGCUAGAGUCCCUUCAGUCGGAACUCUCUACACUCCGCCCGAAAGUAAAACAACUUGAAGACGAAAUUACGAAGUUAAAGAAAGAGAAAGUUGCCACUCGAGAGGAAAUGGAGCUGAAGGUACAACAGUUCAACAAUGCUCAGGGCCUUCUUAGUUCUAUGCGCGAUCAAACAGCCGAGCUGUCGAUCCAGCUUAAGGAAGCGCAAAGCCAGACGGAGAGUCUCGAAGAAGAAUUGGCGGAAGUUCAGAAGCACCUCUCCGAGAGGACACGCGAGGGCGAAACAAUGCGUCGGAUGUUAGCUGACGUCGAUGAGCGAGCGGACGCGAAAAUACGAGACAUGCGUGCCAGGAUGGAGGCAGCUGUUGAGGAACGCGAUCGUAUCGAAGAUGAAUUAUCCACCCUAGCUCGGCGUCGAGCGCGUGAGUCCGAAGAGCUGAAGGUCAAAGUGCGCGAGUUCGAACGCGAGAUUCGAACACUUUCCGGCGAGAAAGAUGAAUUGGAAGCGAGAGAGAAAGAGUGGCGUCGCCGUCGUGAGGAGCUUGAGCAAAUCGAAGAAAAAUCUACAGCUGAGGUAGAGGAUAUGCGUGCAGCGGUUACUAAUCUACGGUCUGCCUUGGAUGCAUCGGAACAGCAAGUGCGGGAGGCGGAAAAGCAGCGCGCAGAUUUGCGUAAGCUUCUAGAAGAGGCGAGAGGUCGGUACGAGAAAGCGAACAAAGAGCUCAAGACCAUUCAGGCCAGAUUCAACAUUGGUGGUACUGCGCCAAAUGUCGCAAGCAGUGGAAGGUCCAGCAUUGAUUCCACCCGGAGCGGUGUUAACAGUGCUUCUGGUAGUACUAGUUCUACCGUCCCAGAUACAAUGUAUCUCAAGACUAUUCUACUACAAUUCCUCGAGGUGAAAGACGAAAAGGUUCGAUCACAGCUGGUACCAGUGUUGGGAAAACUUUUGCGAUUUGAUCGCAAUGAUGAACAGAAGUGGAUGGCAGCAGUUCAGCACUUGUCCAGACCAGGCAGAUAG